CGCUCUCGUUUUGGACCUUCUUCCCAGGGUUCUCUUGCAGUUCCUUCCCAGUCUCCUCUGCGCGGCUCUAUCUAAACUCCCUUCCCCUUGCAUUUAACCUAGACCGAGCUCCCUGCGUGCACCGCGCGCUGCCCGAGGCGCAGGUCACCCGGAAUCAACAUGUCUGGGACUGAGGAAGCAGUUCUUGGAGCCCGUGGCAGCCAUCCUUCCUCUGCUGGUGGCAACUCUGUAUUAUGCUUUGGACAGUAUCAGUACACAGCAGAAGAGUACCAGGCCAUCCAGAAUGCUCUGAGGCAGAGGCUGGGCCCGGAAUACAUCAGUAGCCGCAUGGCUGGAGGAGGCCAGAGGGUAUGUUACAUUGAAGGUCACAGGGUAAUUAAUCUGGCCAAUGAGAUGUUUGGUUACAAUGGCUGGGCACACUCUAUCACACAGCAGAAUGUGGAUUUUGUUGACCUUAACAAUGGCAAGUUCUACGUGGGAGUCUGUGCAUUUGUGAGAGUCCAGUUGAAGACCUAUGCUGGUACCUGUUUUCGCUUAACUGAAAGAAAUCCAGAGAAGAUUUUCACUUUUAUGAAAAAAGGCACACCCUGGUGGCAAGAGUGGCCCCGCGAGUCCAUCCCCGGGAACCACACUCAGCAUCUCGGCAGAGCUUUGAACGCCAUCUGUGAGCAUCUGUGUUUUAUCUCCAUAUGUUUUGUGCAUCCGUUAGUAAGAUGUGUCCUAAGGUAUCAGAAAAGCCUAAGAGAGGUUAUUUUUUGCAUCUGGGAAUGCUCAGAAAGUAUUUCCUUGCCUCUUGAAGUGGAUCUAACGAGAGCAAAGAGACAAGAUUUUGAACCAUCUGUGGAACAAGCAAGAUACAGCAGCUGCCGGCAGAACGUGGCUCCGGGAUCCCUUGAACCACCAGAGGUGACCUCGCCUUGCAGACCUAGCCGCUCGGAUGACCCGCCCACUGUGGUGCAGGAGGAGAAGGCCAGCAGCUGCCGCCUGCGGCCGCCUGCCGCCACGACCGAUGCCACGUACGAGCGGAAGCUGCGCCAGAAACAGUUGCAGCGGCAGUUCCGGCAGCAAAUGGAGGAGCAGCGGCAGGUUCAGCGGUCCGCUCCGGCGGCUGAGCCGAAGCCUCCAGCAGCACUGUCAGCAGCUCCUCGCAAGCACAGCACUCCCGUAACUGCCGUUUCCGAACCACUCACAGAGGACUUCCUUACAGACAGUCUUGGAAUGUGGGAUAUGGAUCCAGAUGCAAGCGACAGUGAUGUCAAGCCCUUGUCUAAACCAGAACUGCUCCAGACCUCUGCUACAUCAGUCCUGAAGAACCAGAUGGUGACCUGGGACAGGACCCCACAGAACCUCUGCCACCAGAAUCCACAAGCAAAAUCUGGACUCUCGCACCUCCAAACUCACAACAGCAACCAAGAUGUAACAGGAAACUGUGGUGUCUAUGGGAAGAACCAGGACUUGAAGAAAAGGAAAUUGGAUCCAUCCUAAUGGAGGCUCAGGUCACAUCCUUGGACUUUGUCACAAAGGGACUUUCAAAAACUACUUUUAGGUCAUAAAACUGUUCAUCAUUCCCAGGGAAUGAGCUUUAUUUCCAAGGAUUUACCUUGCUUCGUUCUGAACUUUACCAGAGGAUUUGACUAUUGGAGCCUUGUGUAGGUAAAGCUGAGCAGUCAGAAAACAAGCGCUUUAAAAAAGCUUGUCAUACACUGCAGCGGGGAGGCUCUGAGAUUAAAUACCUUUUCUUUGGCUCUUGAGGUUCUUCACUAUUUAUUCCUAAGCUACUAUGUUAGUAUGUAUAGAAAUUUUAGGAAUCCCCAGUGCCUACCUGCCUUCAAGCAAUAUUACUAAGCACCAGCUUUUACAGCUGCCUAUGUGAAAUUAUUGUAAUAUCUGCCUUUCACCUUGGCGCUCGGUGUUUAAUGUUGUCCACACCAUAUUGUGUAUCCUUCCGAAAACAAAAGCUACAGUGUUUUUUAACUACCUUGCAUCAAUACAGGCUGCGAUCUUCAUCUAUGAUAAUCUCACGUUUAUAGGUUUAUGGUGUCACGAUCCUGCAGUUUUUUACCUAAUCAAGGAAAUGAUCUAAGACCGAAGAAAAGGCAUUUUAAGAAAGCAAAAUAAAUUUUCCUUUGUAACAAAAAAUAAAAGUGGGUGUACUUCUCCAUUUCAGAUGUGAGAUAUAACCCAUCUUAACAUAAAUGGGUUUUUUUCAUAGUUUCAAAUGUUUCAUAAUCCGCCCCCCCACCCCCAUAAUGAGUUUGCAGGUUCUUUUUAAGAUGCAUCUUGGGCUGUGCCUUUUAUCUCAUCUUCAAGCUGUGGCUUUUAUUAAUUUUUAGAUCACAGAUCCAUUUGUGGGAAACUAUGAACCCAAGGCAAGAACUCUUAAAGUACAGGAAGGCAGCCAGACAUUUCUAUUCCUAUGGAAGAUGAAGAGGCUCUAGCUUACCCUGAUUUCCCCUUUAUCUCACCUCUCAUUACAUGGAUUUGGUCAUAUGUUCAUCUUUUGGUUUUGAUAUCCUUACCAUUUUUUUUUCCAAAAAAAAAAAAUCUCUCCCUUGUCUGAAGCAUAAUCUUAGUUUAGUUCAGAACUGCUGCUUUAAAAAAGUUCCCGGAGUCAGGAAUCCAGUUAUAAAUUGCACACAACUGAAAACUGAGCUAAUGAGAUCAUGAAAAAGGAAUUUGCUGGAAAUGAAACCCCACAGCUCAAAAGCAAGUUAGAUUUAUUUGAAUGGUUUCAUUAAAUAAGUCUACAAAGGUAACAAACUGAAGCACAAAGCGCAAUCUUACAAGAAGCGCAACACCCAGAGUUAGUGCAAAAUGUACAAUUAACGGCUGCUGAGAAACCCCCAAGGUUUGAAUUCAGUUUAUUUGCUUUUUUAAACAGUGUACAUUGUUAAAUAAUGUAAGGAAAACAUUUAUAAUUCAGAAAGAUUUUUGUAAUGUGGAAAAAGAUACUCAAAGUGUACUAUUAACACAAAAAUAAUUUAAACAGUUCAGUAGCACUAGUUCAUUCCUCUAGGCUUCAGUUACUUCAUCCACAGGAGGGGAAAAAAAAAAAUCAACAGUAAAUAAAACCAGUUCUUACUUUUUGUGUGUAAGUGAUCUCAAAAUAAAACCAAAGUAACAAAAAAUUA